AUGAGCGCCUUGCUGUCCGUCAGUCCGUCCAGGGGACUAGUGGAUGAAAAGUUCCGAGUGGUUGUGCAGAAUUUGUCCCACGGACAAGACGUCACUCUGCACUCCCUUGUGCGCUCUGAGGAUAACGACCUCUGGCAGGCUUUUGGACAUUAUGUCAGCGAUGAUGAAGGAACCGUGAAAGUUGCAGAACAUGUGUGUGUGGGAGGAUCGUACCAGGGCAUGGAGCCCAUGGGUCUGUUCUGGAGCAUGAAGCCAGUGCCUGGGAGUAGAACAGGACUCAGGUUGCGGAAGAAGGAUCUCAGCACCCCGAUGUUGGUGCACAUCUCCGUGUACUGUGGCCACAUCAGCCAGGGGUUCAGAGAGACGAAGGCGUUGGCUUGUGCUGUCGCCGAGCGCUGGUACAUGGCACCGGGCGUCCGCAGGGUAGAGGUCACAGAGGGCGGGGUCAGAGCAACACUCUUCCUGCCUCCAGGUUCUGGACCUUUCCCUGGAAUUUUGGACAAGUGGGGAGGGGGUGGAGGCUUAGUGGAGUACCGUGCCGCCUGGUUUGCAUCACAUGGGUACGUUUCCAUGGCACUGGAGUACAUGUCACCAAAGGCCUUAAAUAUGUCAGAGAAGAAUAUGAGCGCCAUGCUGUCCGUCAGUCCGUCCAGGGGACUAGUGGAUGAAAAGUUCCGAGUGGUUGUGCAGAAUUUGUCCCACGGACAAGACGUCACUCUGCACUCCCUACUGCGCUCUGAGGAUGACGACCUCUGGCAGGCUUUUGGACAUUAUGUCAGCGAUGAUGAAGGAACCGUGAAAGUUGCAGAACAUGUGUGUGUGGGAGGAUCGUACCAGGGCAUGGAGCCCAUGGGUCUGCUCUGGAGCAUGAAGCCAGUGCCUGGGAGUAGAACAGGACUCAGGUUGCGGAAGAAGGAUCUCAGCACCCCGAUGUUGGUGCACAUCUCCGUGUACUGUGGCCACAUCAGCCAGGGGUUCAGAGAGACGAAGGCGUUGGCUUGUGCCGUCGCCGAGCGCUGGUACAUGGCACCGGGCAUCCGCAGGGUAGAGGUCACAGAGGGCGGGGUCAGAGCAACACUCUUCCUGCCUCCAGGUUCUGGACCUUUCCCUGGAAUUUUGGACAUGUGGGGAGGGGGUGGAGGCUUAGUGGAGUACCGUGCCGCCCUGCUUGCAUCACAUGGGUACGUUUCCAUGGCACUGGAGUACAUGUCACCAAAGGCCUUGUCAGACCCCUCUAGACAAGUUGGAAAACAGUACUUUGAGGCUGCAUUCACCAUUCUGAAGGAGCAUCCCCAGGUGUGCAGUGACCGGGUCGCCAUGUUUGGACUGUCCUUUGGCACCUCCGUUGUCCUGUCGAUGGCGGUGUACUCGUCCGUGAUCCAGCCCAGGUGCCUAGUAUGUGUGAGCGGAAGCCACGUGCAGCCACUGCGGGGAUCUGUGGCUGACGUCUUUAAGGAUUUUGAGAAAGAUGCCCACAAGGUCCAUUAUGAUGAGGAGCAUCGAGUGAUCUCGCGAGAUCUUCUCUUGCCGAUACCCUCCGACCCCAGCAAGAAGGUUGCUGUGGGGCAGUUACAGUGUCCUCUGCUGUUGAUCGUGGGUGAAGAUGAUCAGAGCUGCCCAGUCGCUGAGUCGGCUGAAGACAUGGAGAAGAUGAUGGAGGAGGCUGGAAACAGUCAUCUGUUGACCAUCCUCUCCUACCCUGGGGCGGGACACCUGAUUGAGCCCCCCUACACCCCGCACAUUGCCUUUAGCAACUACAUUGUUACUGCGUCAGGAGGAAAAGUGGUGGCUCUCUGGGGAGGGGAGGUCAGAGCGCACUCUAGUGCCCAGGAGGACUCCUGGCACAGAAUCUUGGCCUUCCUGGAGCAGCACCUGUACGGCCCAGACCUGAAAACCCCCGGGGCCCUGUGACCCCGUGCAGGAGGACCAUCUCCGUCCACCGUCCCCCUCCUGGCUACUCCGCUCUCAGGCCACCCAGGGGCAUCCAUUCCUGGUGCAGCGGUUUUCAUAAACCUUUUAAUUCACUUUUUAGUUUCCCCUAAAUGUCAACAGAUUAUAAUGGGGUGAAUUAAGGUAGCCAUGUACAUGAAAGGGGCACAUGGCCCCAUAUUCCAGCUUUAUCUUACUGUUUCUUUACAGUCUACCACAACCAAUUAAAGCAUGUGCUGCUUCCUU